CCCGCACUGUGCAGGCAGUAAGUUUCUGUCAACUCCUUGCAGAGUCUCAGCGUCCCCGCUGACGUUCCCUUGAUGUGCUCACAAAUCUCCCUGAGAACCUCGCCCUGGACCCCCGAUGCGGCUGCCCGAGCAACCCAGAGAGGGGAAGCCUGAGAAUGAGGAGGAGGGGGGCAGAGGAGCCCCCGGAGGGGGAGAGGAACCGCCGAGGAGGAGCCGGGCCCCCGACUUCCCCACUUGGCAAAAGAUGCCUUUCCACCACGUGACCGCCGGCCUGUUGUACAAGGGGAAUUACCUCAACCGGUCCCUGUCCGCUGGCAGCGACAGCGAGCAGCUUGCUAACAUCUCCGUGGAGGAGCUGGACGAAAUCCGAGAGGCCUUUCGAGUUCUGGACCGAGACGGGAAUGGCUUCAUCUCCAAGCAGGAGCUGGGAAUGGCCAUGCGCUCUCUGGGGUACAUGCCGAGCGAGGUGGAGCUGGCCAUCAUCAUGCAGCGCCUGGACAUGGACGGGGAUGGCCAGGUGGAUUUUGAUGAAUUCAUGACAAUCCUUGGCCCCAAACUGGUGUCUUCUGAAGGUCGCGAUGGUUUUCUCGGAAACACAAUAGAUAGCAUAUUUUGGCAGUUCGACAUGCAGAGGAUAACCCUGGAGGAGCUGAAGCACGUCCUCUAUCACGCCUUCCGGGACCACUUGACGAUGAAGGACAUCGAGAACAUCAUUGUCAAUGAGGAAGAGAGCCUGAACGAGACUGCGGGGAACUGCCAGACGGAGUUCGAGGGCGUGCAUUCCCAGAAGCAGAACAGACAGACCUGCGUCCGGAAGAGCCUGAUCUGCGCCUUCGCCAUGGCCUUCAUCAUAAGCGUCAUGCUGAUUGCGGCCAACCAGAUCCUCCGGAGCGGCAUGGAGUAGCCGCGCCCCCAGCAGCCGCGCCCCCAGCAGCCGAGCUCCCGGCUCACGCGCAUGUGCUUGCCCCGCGGGCAGACUCUUCCUCCACGAAAGCAGACACGGACGGUGCAGACGCGGC